AAACUCGCCGCUCCGGUCAACCCGCCGCCGCAUGCAGCAGCAGAGAGAGACAGCACUACUAGAUGUAGAUCGUCCAAUCCGAAGCCAUUCCUCUCCACCCCGUCACGGCCUGCCACAGCGUCCGUCCCAUAGUUUAUUCUCUCCUUCCGCUGCGCUUGUCUCCCGCAUUGGUUUAAAGGAGGGAGGUCCACGGACGGAGGGGAGAGAGGCGGUCCCCCGAUGGCCCUGCGUCCCUCGCCGGCCUCCUCCUCCCACGCAUUGCCGGAUUCCAGGGCUCCCCGCGCGCCGCCGCCAAGUGGGCUGCUGUGGCAGGAGUAGUACGGGGGGUUUGCUUGCUUCUUGGCUGGGUUGGCCGAGGGCUUUGGUUUGGGAUCGCCGGAGCGCCAGGAUCCGGAGGUUCCCUCGAGGCUAAAGGUGGGUGUAUACAUACGUUGCGGCAUUGCCUAUUUGGGGUCCGUCGGAUCGUGCGGAGGAAGAUCGGUCCGAAAUCGCAUCUUCUCGUGUCUCUGCAUUCUCUGUUGUCAGCGGGCUGAAAGGAGAAGAGCCUUUGCUAGGUUCAACGAGCGAUGGCCUCCGCCGGUGAGGAAAAGAUGAAGGGUUGUCGCCCUAAACUUUUCGGUGCAAAGGAGAAGAAAUCUGCAAAGAGGACCGACAGUCCAAGCUGCAAUGCAGCAGCUGAGCUUGGACCAAGUCCUUCUAAGACAGUAUCCGCUUCCCCCUUGAGAACACUUUCAGGAGUUAAGAGCAUACGUCUCAGCCAUUUCCUGGCCCAACCUUCUUCUAUUAAUAGAACAACUGAGCCCAUCAGAAUUUUUGUCUCUACCUGGAACGUCGGUGGGAAAGCACCUACUGCUGAACUGAACAUGGAUGAUUUUGUUCCACCUGAUGAUCAUUCAGAUAUUUAUGUGUUGGGUUUUCAGGAAAUUGUUCCUCUCAAUGCUGGUAAUGUGCUUGUGAUAGAAGACAAUGAACCAGCUGCAAGGUGGCUUGUUCUUAUAAACCAAGCACUAAACCGGCCAGCUGAUAAUGAUACCAAUGUCUUUCAGCAUCCGACAUCUCCAUCUGUCGAUUCUACUUCAUCUCGAGCUUCUUCAAGCCUCGACACUUCAUUCUCUGAAUUAACAAAAACAGCAAGUGGUUCCACAAUCUUCCAGAAAUCUUCCCUCAAAGCCAUCAGAAAACCUUUCAUGCCAAUGCAGAGAAAACGGCUUAAGGCCUGCAACUGCCCAGCAGAAAUGGUCAAAUCAUCGUACAGGGAUGCUUGCUUUCGGCGCCCGAAAAAACAUGCUGACGAGACUGAUUCCUCGGGAGAGGAAGAGAAAGAGAACACGAGGGAUUCUUGCGGCUCUGUGCUAAGUGAAGUAACUUCCGCUCCCACCGCAAGGGAUCAGCUAAAAUAUAACCUCAUAGUAUGCAAACAAAUGGUUGGUAUUUUUGUCACUGUGUGGGUAAAGAAAGAACUAGUGCAACACAUCGGCCAUCUAAGAACGUCUUGCAUAGGGCGAGGAAUCCUGGGCUGUCUUGGAAACAAGGGAUGUAUAUCAGUAAGCAUGACAGUGCACCAGACAAGCUUUUGUUUCAUCUGCAGCCAUUUGGCUUCAGGUCAGAAAGAAGGGGACGAAUUCAGAAGAAACUCUGAUGUUCUAGAGAUACAGCGGCUCACACUGUUUUCGAGGCUUUGCAGGAGAACCGGGCGAAGAAUUCCUGAGAAAAUUCUUGAGCAUGAUAAGGUGAUAUGGUUUGGGGAUUUGAACUACCGUAUUGCACUGAGCUAUGAAGAUACGAAAAGGCUUUUGACGGAAAAUAAUUGGGAUGCCCUUUUCGAAAAGGAUCAGCUAAAAAUUGAACGAGAUGCUGGACGAGUGUUCAAGGGAUGGAAUGAGGGGAAGAUAUAUUUUGCUCCCACAUACAAGUACUCCUCUAACUCGGAUGCGUAUGCUGGUGAGACUGCAACAUCAAACAAAAAGAGGAGAACACCAGCAUGGUGUGAUAGAAUAUUGUGGCGAGGAGACGGCACUUCACAAUUGUCCUACUACCGUGGAGAGUCCCGAUUUUCAGAUCAUCGUCCUGUCUGUGGAACCUUCAUUGUCGAGGUUGAGGCACUAAACAGAAAGACAAGGAGGCGCUCAUCUAAUGCUGACAUGAAAAUCGGUGCUGAAGAGCUUCUACCAACGGACAAGAAUAAGGGUAAAGAAGAACCGGCACACUGGGAUUCGUCAUGUGCCUCUCCAACACCUCCAGAUCAAAGUUCCACACCAUGGUGGCGGCGAUGCUGUUAUCUGAGCAACCACGAUGUUCUUGCUGAGGCAUGACCUUGGGCCCAUGUUGAAACAUAACUUGUAAGAUGGAUGCAUGAUGACUCGACGACAUCCUCUCAGAUCCAUUCUCCCCAUGA